AUGGGAUGGAUUUCAUUUCAGGUUCUUGCCGCUUUUCGCACGGGCUUUCGAGCCGCUGCCUGCACCGGCGGCCACAACGACGCCAUCAUCGGCCCCAACGACGCUGUGAGUGUCAAGAAGGAGGAGGAUGCACAAUAUGGGCCCAAGACAUUUCCGAUUGAGGCUCUCAAUGACCUUGUGCAACGCAACUUUCGAGCGACUGGGUCAGCACCACUGGCGGUUUCCGGGCGGUAUUACGAGCUGGUUUACGUGCUGAUUGCGACGCUCAUCGCGAGCCCGUGGGACAAGGCGGUGGUGGUGGUUGACUUGGAAGGAAGAUUCGAUCCCUUGAGGGUGUUGGCUGCUCCGCUUGCUGGGCAGGUAUCAUCAUUGCAAGACAACGAAAAAACAGCGACAAAGCGGGCGAGGGUAGAGAGAAGCGACUUGGAACACAUUCACAUCCUGCAGCCGAAGAAGGGAAACUGGGAACAGCAGCCACCUGCUCGAUUUGUUUCGGCCUGUCUCACCACCAUGGAGGAGUACAUGCUCUACGGAGCCCACCGGAGCCGGGGACGGCAGUGGUGGGGCACGGUGCUCAUCGGAGGCGGCUUCAACCCCGUUGGAGGCCUGCCAAAGGCCGUCUCCGCCCAAGUCGCGGUGACGGCCGGACGGAGGGGGUGGCUCAGGGUGGAGAGGGCCGAGGUGCCUGGGUUUGGGGAGUUGAGUGUGGAACAGGCAUCGAGAGAUCGGGAGAAGCGGCAACAAGCGGUUGAGCAGAUGGGUUGGGUUGGGAGUUCCCCACGGGGAGGAUUUUCCUUUGGCGGAGAGGCUCCGUAA